CCACCAGAGGUGCAGGUCUCUUCCCUUCGAGAGAGGCACUGCUGGCGAUCCCUUCAUGCGUACUUUACCAUGUCUAUCGACGGGAAGGAAGUCUAUACUAGCGGAGCCGCUGGUGAUCAUGAAAACGAUCCUCUGUGGCGUUUGCCGGAGCCGUUCAAAUGUCCAGCCCACCCCUCGUCGUUUGUAAAGUUCGCUGUCUGCCGUGAUGGCAAAGUCCGUGGUAAACAAGUUCUCGGAGAGUUCGAAGCUCCUCUUCAUAUCUUCCUCGGCAGAUACGAUGAACGCCACAAACUGGCCUCGGGUGAUAGUCCCGACAGUCGCAUCGCCGUUCGGAUGAACGCUGACUUGGACUGCAACUACUUAUCACAUGGCUUAGAGGCCGCGAAGCGUCGUUUAUCCUCCGCGGAAAAUCAGAGGAACGCCGCCGAUUUUUUACGGGCCGUGGUAGAAAGCAUUCAGAUGCUCGGAGACCUUGGGGAACACCUGGCCAGUGCGCAUCCUAUCCUCAAGUUUGCUACUGUGCUCCUUGCAGCUGUCUACAACACUCUCACAGCACAUGCGCGGGUCGAUGAAGAGAUCAAGUCGCUUGCUAGAGCCAUGAGGGACCUCCUGAACGAUGCGAACAAAUACAAAGGCUCGAAGCAGACAGAAAGCUGUAUACAAAACAUCAUUCUUCUGGUCAUGGAAAGCGCUUCAUUGAUGGACAAGUGGAGCCGCACGUCGUUUAUUCGUGGGUCUUUGCAGGUCCAUGUGUUUCUGCGAACUCAUCCCUCCACAGUGAAGCCCUCUUGCGCACAUGACUUCUUGACGCGUGUCAAAAAGUGCAAAAGUCAACUAUGCGCCCUUCGUGCUACUUUUGAGGUGGUCAAGAACCUUGGCGAGCUGGACAAUGACGUGAACCAAAUUGGUGUUAAGAUGGAUGGUCAUUACACUGAUAUCAGCGCUCAACUUACGCAAAUUAUGAGCUGCCUGAACCAGAUGCGAAGCGAGGAUUGUCGGCAGGUGGCGAAGUCCAUGACUGUGGGACUCGCGGUUUACAAACAAGGCGUCCCGGUGACGGUAGUUUGAUCCAUCGCUGUGC